CGAAAGAAGAUAGAAAAAACUGUUUAUGUCUAUCCUAUUUUGCAAUCAGUCCUGAAGCCAGUUCAGUUGGUGUCAGGAGGUCAGUCCUGUCCAGAUCUGUUCAUUAAAAUAAAGUGCAGUGGAAAAAAGUACCAGGCUUAAAAGAAGUGUCCUCACCCAAUUGAGAAACAUGGAGUCUCAACUAAGACUGUGGGUGUUCUGUCUGUACCUGCAAGAUAACCCAGACCCCCCAACACUGAUUCACUACCAAGAUCCCAUUGAGGGGAGCCCCUUCACCAUUAUCUGCUCUGUUCACCACACCUGCCCCUCGCACGUCCCCACGCUCACCUGGAGCCACAGCACCCGAGGCAAAAUCAUCACCGUGCACAAAGACUCUGAUCACGGAACCUGGGAGACCCAGUCCAUCCUCACCUUCACCCCGACGCAGGAGGAUGAUAACAAAGAGGUGUCCUGCACAGUGAAAUACUACGGAGAUAAAACUAUGCAGAGCGCCAUCAAAAUCAAUGUGAAAAGUAAGUUCAGCAUGCUCUUCUACGUCAUCAUCCCUCUAGUGGUUGCAGCAGGGACUGCAAUAGUCUUCGGGGUACUGAUUAUGUUCAUGAGGAAGAAAUACAAGAACCGCAUCACGGCUCUGCAGAUUCGGGGAGAGAACGGGCUCUGGAACAGACUUUCACGCAUGUCACGCAGAAGACACCCAGGCAAUUAUCAGGAUGGGACAUCACGGCCUGAAAGGCGGUCUAUUUGGAGUAGAUUUUCUUGGAGAUCACAUGGGAACAAUGGCAACAUGGAUGUUGGUUACAGAGCCAACAAUGAGGUCAUUUCGACUGGAGGCCAGAAGGCCUCAAAACCCCGCUGCCCUUCUCCUAAAAGUAACCCAAAGUCAAGUGCCAAUUCUGGAAAGGGCAGAAAUAAUGACAACUGCAAUGAUUUUGCUGAUGCCAGCAUAUAUGCAAAUAAGUAGCUGAUGCCAGCACAUUUGACCAAGACACAAUGGAAGAUGUCACCAGAAAAAUUUGCGGUCCCUUUUUCCUUUUCCCCUGGUCUUUCUCAGUUCAUUUCAUUUGUGCUUCUUUCUUUCGUAAUAGUUACAUCAAUGUGUUUGAAAUAACACGGGGAAUCUUAGCUUCUGUUUAGCUAAUCUGGUAUAAUCAUAUAUAUAACCCAUAAUUGACACUAGGCUUCCUGGAUUUACUUACUCACUUCUAACACUUUCCAUUGCUUUAAACAACUUCAAAUAAUGAACAUUUCUGUCAUUUCUUGCACUAGAUUUUCACGUGACCAUAUUACCUGUGUUCUUCCAAUAUACCUAUAUACAAUGUGUACCAAUACAACUUCGUACUAUGCAUUUUUUGUUAAUGACAAAUAAAGAAUUGCCACCUCA